AUGCACACCACUCUACUUGACCCGGGCAGUCAGGUGGACCUUAACUCGCGGGUUGAUCAACUCACACAGAAGGUCGAUGAUCAAAACAACCUGAUUGGCCAGCUACUCAGGCAGGUCAACUUGAAUCAAGGCCCCAACCUUGGACCCCGUGACGAGGAGAGGAGGGCACACGAGCAUGCUGGCGAGCAGUUUGAGAGGUCCCAGGCUAGUCAGACAAGGGCAAACCGGCAGGGAAGAGAGCGAGAUCGUGCAGACGAGACGCAGACAGCUGCGAGCCGUACUCUGAGCCGUUCGAGGCUAGGACCCAGGACCAAUGUGCUCGAGAGGCUAGGCCCACAAUCCAAUGUUCGUGCUCGCUUAGGUCCACAAGGAGCUCGAGUUCGUGAGCGGUCGCGGCGACAAGCUGUGGAGGGAUCCUCCCAAACUCAACCUUCUCUCCUGCCCCAUCGGCAGGGCAACCAAGGGGAUCGACCCUUGGGAGCAGAGAAGAAGUUAGCCAAUCACGUUCGAGGCACCGAAGACAUCGACCUGAACGACCUUCCUUGCAAGCAGAGGAUGACGAUCAACGCUCACCAGCCCGCUCGAGGUCCUACAUGCGGCGACAAGCUGUGGAGGGAUCCUCCCAAACUCAACCUUCUCUCCUGCCCCACCGGCAGGGCAACCAAGGGGAUCGACCUGAUGUGUUCAUAA